AGAAAAAAUUAGUCCCUUACCCCAACCCCUCUGACCACCCAACUCGCGCGCGGGCACCUCCCCGCGGCCGAUCGCAGGGCCCCCAACACCGGUGGAGCCCGGGCAGGCGCCCGCAGGCCGGCAGGUACUGAUAUUGUCAAGCUGGCCCAUUAUAUAAAGCUGACAGUCUUAUAAAGAGGAUUUAGGAGAGUCUUUGGAUUACACUGAAAUUUAUAGUCGAGAUGGCCAAGUACGGAGAACAUGAAGCCAGGCCUGAUGAUGGGCAGAAUGAAUUCAGUGAUAUCAUUAAGUCCAGAUCUGAUGAACACAAUGACGUGCAGAAGAAAACCUUUACCAAAUGGAUAAAUGCUCGAUUUUCAAAGAGUGGAAAACCACCCAUCAAUGAUAUGUUUACAGACCUCAAAGAUGGAAGGAAGUUGCUGGAUCUUCUAGAAGGUCUCAUAGGAGUGUCAUUGCCAAAAGAACGUGGCUCCACAAGAGUGCACGCCUUGAAUAACGUGAACAGAGUGCUCCAGGUUCUGCAUCAAAACAGUGUGGAAUUAGUGAAUAUAGGAGGCACGGACAUCGUGGACGGAAACCAUAAGCUGACUUUGGGCUUACUGUGGAGCAUUAUUUUGCACUGGCAGGUGAAAGAUGUCAUGAAGGACAUCAUGUCAGACCUGCAGCAGACCAACAGUGAGAAAAUCCUGCUGAGCUGGGUGCGGCAGACAACCAGGCCCUAUAGCCAAGUCAACGUCCUCAACUUCACCACCAGCUGGACCGAUGGGCUCGCCUUCAAUGCUGUGCUCCACCAACAUAAACCUGAUCUCUUCAGCUGGGACAGAGUUGUCCAAAUGACCCCUAUUGAGAGACUUGAACAUGCUUUCAGCCAAGCCCAGAUGUAUUUGGGAAUUGAAAAGCUGUUAGAUCCUGAAGAUAUUGCUGUGCAGCUUCCUGACAAGAAAUCGAUAAUCAUGUAUUUAACGUCAUUGUUUGAGGUGCUACCUCAGCAAAUCAGCAUAGAUGCCAUCCGUGAGGUUGAGACUCUCCCAAGGAAGUACAAGAGAGAGUGUGAGGAGGAAGACAUUCAUCUACAGGACACAUCGCUGGUGGGGGAGCACUCCACCAGUCCCCUAGCCGAGACCCCCCGCACGGUCACUGAGGUGGACAUGGAUCUGGACAGCUAUCAGAUAGCCCUGGAAGAAGUGCUCACCUGGCUGUUGUCUGCUGAGGACACUUUCCAGGAGCAGGAUGACAUUUCCGACGAUGUAGAAGAGGUCAAAGACCAGUUUGCCACCCAUGAAGCUUUUAUGAUGGAGCUGACCGCACACCAGAGCAGCGUGGGCAGCGUCCUGCAGGCAGGAAAUCAGCUGAUCACACAAGGCACUCUGUCGGAUGAAGAAGAGUUUGAGAUUCAGGAACAGAUGACCCUGCUGAAUGCCCGAUGGGAGGCGCUCAGGGUGGAGAGCAUGGAGCGGCAGUCCCGGCUACACGACGUGUUGAUGGAUCUGCAAAAGAAGCAGCUGCAGCAGCUCUCGGCCUGGUUAACCCUCACCGAAGAUCGCAUCCAGAAGAUGGAAAGCCGUCCCCUUGAGGAUGACUUACCAUCCCUGCAAAAGCUGCUUGAAGAGCACAAAAGUUUGCAAAAUGAUCUUGAGGCUGAGCAGGUAAAGGUAAAUUCCCUGACUCACAUGGUGGUCAUAGUUGAUGAAAACAGUGGCGAGAGUGCUACGGCUAUUCUGGAAGACCAGCUGCAGAAACUCGGAGAGCGCUGGACAGCUGUGUGCCGGUGGACUGAAGAACGCUGGAACAGGUUACAAGAAAUCAAUAUAUUGUGGCAGGAAUUAUUGGAAGAACAGUGCUUGUUAAAAGCGUGGCUCAUUGAAAAAGAAGAAGCUUUGAAUAAAAUCCAGACGAGCAAUUUCAAAGACCAAAAGGAACUCAGUGUCAGUGUUCGGCGUCUGGCUAUUUUGAAGGAAGACAUGGAAAUGAAGCGCCAGACAUUGGAUCAGCUGAGCGAGAUCGGCCAGGAUGUGGGUCAGUUACUUGCGAAUCCCACAGCAUCUAAGAAGAUGAACAGCGACUCCGAAGAACUGACUCAGAGAUGGGAUUCUUUGGUCCAGAGACUAGAAGAUUCCUCCAACCAGGUGACUCAGGCUGUGGCCAGGCUGGGGAUGGCACAGAUUCCUCAGAAGGAUCUUCUGGAGACCGUUCGCCUAAGAGAACAAGUCACCACGAAAAAGUCUAAGCAGGAGCUGCCCCCGCCCCCUCCCCCAAAGAAGAGACAGAUCCACGUGGAUGUGGAGGCUAAGAAAAAGUUUGAUACAGUGAGUGCAGAGCUGUUGAACUGGAUUUUGAAAUUCAAGACUGCCAUUCAGACCACAGAGAUAAAAGAGUAUAAGAAGAUGCAAGACACUUCAGAAUUGAAAAAGAAGUUGAAGGGACUAGAAAAGGAGCAGACAGAAAGAAGCCCCCACCUGGAUGAGCUAGACCAAACUGGACAAAUUCUUCUGGAGCAAAUGGGCAAAGAAGGCCUUUCUACUGAAGAGAUAAAAAGCAUCCUGGAGAAGGUUUCCUCAGGGUGGAAGCACACGUCUCAGCGUCUGGAUGAUCUUGCUAGGAAGAUUCGCCUUCAGGAGGAUAUCAACACUUACUUCCAGCAGCUCGACGAGCUUGAGAAGGUCCUCAAGAUGAAGGAGGAGUGGUUACAGCUCACUUUCUCUUCUGGAUCUCCCCACCAGUCCUUGCCACUUUUGAAGGAUUCCUACCAGAGGGAAUUGACAGACCUCCUGAGCCUCCACCCCACGAUGGAAACCGCGCGUGCAAGCUGCUCAGCUCUGAUGUCUCAGCCUUCUGUCCCGGAUUUUGUCCAGCAGGCCUUCGAUGGCUUCUUAAGGCACUACCAAGCUGUGCAGAAGGAGAUGGAGGAUUGUCACCAGCAGCUAGAGCGUGACCUGAAGAGCCAACCUGGACAUGCGUAUUUGGAAACAUUGGAAACGCUGAAAGACAUGCUGGAUGACUUAGAAAACAAAGCCCAGACAUCGCUGACUGUCCUUAAUGAUCUUACAAAGCUGGAGGAGGCCCUCCAAGGAAAAAAGGCCCUUGAUGAAAUCCUUGAGAAUCAGAAACCUAUGUUAUAUAAACUUACAGAAGACACAAAGGCAUUAGAGAAAAAUGUGCUUCCUGAUGUAGAAAAGACAUAUAAGAAAGAACUCGACGAUGCCCGAGGAAAAUGGAACAAACUCAAGACCAAGGUUUCCAAAGAUCUACAUUUGCUUGAAGAAACUGCCUCGAAACUCAGAGCUUUUGAGGCUGAUUCAGAAGUCAUCGAGAAGUGGACAGAAGGAGUGAAAGACUUCUUAAUGAAAGAGCAGGCUGCCCAAGGGGAUGUUGCUGGUCUCCAGCGGGAGCUUGGCCAGUGUGCUGCCUUUGCCAAUGAAAUAGAAACAAUUGAAUUGUCUCUGAAAAACAUGAAAGAAAUAGAGACUAACCUUCGAAGCUGUCCAAUUUCUGGAAUCAAAACUUGGGUGCAGACAAGACUAGUUGACUGCCAAACCCAACUGGAGAAAUUUAGCAAGGAGAUUGCUGUUCAGAAGAACAGGUUGAGUGAAAGUCAGGAAAAAGCAGUGAACCUGAAGAAAGACUUGGCGGAGAUGCAGGAGUGGAUGAGCCAGGCGGAGGAGGAAUAUCUGGAGCGGGACUUUGAGUACAAGUCGCCGGAAGAGCUGGAGGGUGCUGUGGAUGAAAUGAAGAGAGCAAAAGAGGACGUGUUGCAGAAGGAGGUGAGAGUGAGAAUUCUCAAGGACAAUAUCAAGUUAUUAGCUGCCAAGCUGCCCUCUGGUGGCCAGGAGCUGACGUCUGAGCUGAACGUAGUGCUGGAGAAUUACCAGCUUCUUUGUAAUAGAAUUCGAGGAAAAUGCCACACACUGGAGGAAGUCUGGUCUUGCUGGAUCGAGCUGCUUCACUAUUUGGAUCUUGAGACCACGUGGUUGAACACUUUGGAAGAGCGCGUGCGCAGCACAGAGGACCUGCCCGAGAGGACAGAUGCAGUCAGCGAAGCCCUGGAGUCUCUGGAAUCAGUUUUACGCCACCCAGCAGAUAAUCGCACCCAGAUUCGGGAACUCGGACAGACUCUGAUCGAUGGUGGAAUCCUGGAUGACAUAAUCAGUGAGAAACUGGAGGCUUUUAACAGCCGCUAUGAAGAGCUAAGCCACCUGGCGGAGAGCAAGCAGAUUUCUUUGGAAAAGCAACUGCAGGUCCUGCGAGAAACUGACGACAUGUUUCAGGUGCUGCAGGAGAGCCUGGGGGAGCUGGAUAAACAGCUCACCAACUACUUGACGGACAGGGUUGAUGCCUUCCAGGUUCCGCAAGAAGCUCAGAAAAUCCAAGCAGAGAUCUCUGCCCAUGAGCUCACUCUAGAGGAGCUGAGAAGGAAUCUGCGUUCCCAGCCCCCUGUGUUCCCAGAGGGAAGGACCAGCAGAGGGGGCAGCCAGAUGGAGCAGCUGCAGAGGAAACUUCGAGAAGUAUCUACGAAAUUUCAGCUCUUCCAAAAGCCUGCAAAUUUUGAACAGCGCAUGCUGGACUGUCAGCGUGUACUGGCUGGUGUGAAAUCUGAGCUCCACAUCCUUGAGGUGAAGGACGUGGACCCCGAGGUCAUCCAGACACACCUGGACAAGUGUAUGAAACUGUAUAAAACUUUGAGUGAGGUCAAGCUGGAAGUGGAGACGGUCAUCAAAACCGGAAGACACAUUGUGCAGAAGCAGCAGACAGACAACCCCAAGGGGAUGGAUGAGCAGCUGACCUCUCUGAAGGUCCUCUACAAUGACCUGGGCGCACAGAAUCACCAGCGCCAGCUGGAAGUGUUCGAUGGGAAUGUUGCUCACAUAAGUACCUGGCUUUAUCAAGCCGAAGCUCUGCUGGAUGAGAUUGAAAAAAAGCCAGCCAGUAAACGGGAAGAAAUCGUGAAGCGUUUAAUUUCUGAGCUGGAUGAUGCCAGCCUCCAGGUAGGAAACGUUCGUGACCAGGCUAUGGCUCUGAUGAGCGCGCGGGGGAGUGCUGGCAGAGAGCUGGUGGAACCAAAGUUAGCUGAGCUGAACAGAAACUUUGAAAAGGUGUCUCAACACAUCCGAAGUGCGAGAUUGCUAAUUGGUCAGGAGCCAGUAUCAUACCAAGGUCUGGUCACUACAGAAACAUUGGAUGCAGGUGUAUCUGUCUCAGACAUGGAAAAAUUAGAAAAUGACAUUGACAAUAUGUUGAAAGUUGUGGAAAAACAGUUGGAAUCCAGAGAUGACAAUGAAAAGGUGGAGGAGGAGGGAGCCCAGAUUGAGGAAGUUCUACAGAGGGGCGAACACAUAUUACAUCAGCCCAUGGAGGAUAAUGAGAAAGAAAAGAUUCGUUUGCAGUUGCUACUUUUGCAUACAAGAUACAACAAAAUUAAGGCAACUCAUGCUCAACAGAGGAAAACAAGUCAACCUGCUUCUGGAAUUAGAUCAUCAUCUCUUCCUACUGAUUAUCUGGCUGAAGUUAACAAAGUCUUGCAUACAGUUGACGAUGUUGAAUUGCUGCUGAGAGUUCCGGAGCUGAACAUGUCUGUGUGUGAGGACUACUCUCUUCAGGAAGACUGUCUGAAGAAUAUCAAAGAUCGGUUGGACAAACUUGGAGAGCAGAUUGCAGUCAUUCAUGAAAAGCAGCCUGAUGUGAUUCUAGAAGCUUCUGGACCCGAAGCCAUCCAGAUCAGGGAUUUGCUCUCACAGCUGAAUGCAAAGUGGGACAAAGUCAAUAGAAUGUACAAUGAUCGUAGAAGCUAUUUUGACAGGGCCAUAGACGACUGGAAACGGUUCCAUUGCCACAUCUCUGACCUCACGGUCUGGAUACGGGAGGCUGAGGAGUUACUGGCUGAGACUUACGCUCCGGAUGGCAGCCUGGACCUGGAGAAAGCCCGGGUGCAUCAGCAGGACCUGGAGGAGGGCAUCAGCAGCCACCAGCACAGCCUGGCAGCCAUAAACCGCAUCUGGGACAGCUUUGUGCAGACAUCCUCCCCUGGGAAGGGAAGCUUCCUACAGGACAAGGUGGCGACCGUGAACCGCUGCUGGAGCUCCAUCCUUGCCGAAGUGAAGGGCCGGCAGCCAAGGCUGAAAAAAGAAAGUCAGCAGGUGCUGGAAUACAGGAUGAAGAUGGACGAGAUGAUUUGCUGGGUAAACAAGGCUGACAAUACCAUGCAAAAGAAGUCAGCCACUGAGCCAGAAGCAAACUUGGCAGAAUUAGCAGAAUUAACCCAAGAGUUGGAAGCACAAGCAGAAAAGCUCAAGUGGCUGAACAGAGCGGAAUUGGAGAUGCUCUCAGAUCAAAGUCUGAGUUUACAUGAAAGAGAGAAACUUUCAGAAAGCCUAAGAACCAUAAACACCACGUGGAACAAGAUGUGCAGAGAAGUGCCUGGCCUUCGGAAGCCUCCCCUCCCGGAGCCCUGCUCUGUCUCUCAGACAAGGAUUGCUGUUCAUUCUACUGUCCAAAAGGUGGCGCUAGUAUCAUCCGCUUCAGACAUCCCUGUGCAGUCUUACCGAGCCCCAGACAUCUCGGUUCCUGCUGAUCUGGAUAAAACCAUCACAGAACUAGCAGACUGGCUGGUAUUGAUUGACCAGAUGCUGAAGUCCAACAUUGUCACUGUUGGGGAUGUGGAAGAGAUCAAUAAGACAGUUUCCCGGAUGAAAAUCACAAAGGCUGACUUAGAACAGCGCCAUCCUCAGCUCGAUUAUGUCUUCACAUUGGCACAGAAUUUGAAAAACAAAGCUUCUAGUUCGGAUCUGAGAACCGCCAUCACAGAAAAAUUGGAGACAGUGCAGAGCCAGUGGGACAGCACGCAGCACGGGGUGGAGCUGCGGCGGCGGCAGCUGGAGGACAUGGCCGUGGACAGCCUUCGGUGGGACGACCACAGGGAAGAGACGGAGGAGCUGCUGAGAAGAUACGAGGCGCGGCUCUACAUGCUCCAGCAGGCCCGCAGGGAGCCGCUCACCAAGCAGCUUGCUGACAGUCAACUGUUGCUUCAAGAGCUGGGUCCCGGGGAUGGCAUUGUCAUGGCGUUUGAUAAUGUGCUGCAGAAACUGCUAGAAGAAUAUGGGAGCGAUGACACAAGGAAUGUGAAAGAAACCACCGAGUACUUGAAAACAUCAUGGAUCAAUCUAAAACAAAGCAUUGCUGACAGACAGAGCGCCUUGGAGGCCGAGCUGAAGACAGUGCAGGCCUCUCGCCGAGACCUAGAGAACUUCCUGAAAUGGCUUCAAGAAGCAGAAACCACAGCGAAUGUGCUUGCGGACGCCUCUCAGCGGGAGAACGCUCUUCAGGACAGCAUCCUGGCCAGCGAGCUCAAACAGCAGCUGCAGGACAUCCAGGCAGAAAUUGAUGCCCAUAAUGACAUAUUUAAAAGCAUUGAUGGAAACAGACAGAAGAUGGUAAAAGCCCUGGGGAAUUCGGAAGAGGCUACUAUGCUUCAACAUCGACUGGACGACAUGAACCAAAGAUGGAAUGACUUGAAAGCAAAAUCGGCUAGCAUCAGGGCCCAUUUGGAGGCUAGUGCAGAGAAAUGGAACAGGCUCCUGGUGUCGUUAGAAGAACUGAUCAAAUGGCUGAAUAUGAAAGACGAAGAGCUUAAGAAACAGAUGCCUAUUGGAGGGGAUGUUCCAGCCUUACAGCUCCAGUAUGACCAUUGCAAAGCACUGCGACGAGAGUUAAAGGAAAAAGAAUAUUCCAUCCUGAAUGCUGUUGACCAAGCUCGAGUUUUCCUGGCUGAUCAGCCAAUUGAGGCCCCUGAAGAACCGAGAAGGAACAUCCAAGCAAAAGCAGAAUUGACUCCAGAGGAGAGAGCCCAAAGGAUUGCCAAAGCCAUGCGCAAACAAUCUUCUGAAGUGAAAGAGAAAUGGGAAAGUCUAAAUGCUGUCAUCAGUAACUGGCAAAAGCAAGUGGACAAGGCAUUGGAGAAGCUCAGAGACCUGCAGGGAGCGAUGGACGACCUGGACGCAGACAUGAAGGAGGCAGAGGCGGUGCGCAAUGGCUGGAAGCCUGUGGGAGAUUUGCUCAUUGACUCGCUGCAGGAUCACAUUGAAAAGACCAUGGCAUUUAGAGAAGAAAUCGCACCAAUCAACUUAAAAGUGAAAACAAUGAAUGAUUUGUCUAGCCAGCUGUCUCCCCUUGACCUGCAUCCCUCUCUAAAGAUGUCUCGUCAGCUGGAUGACCUUAAUAUUCGAUGGAAACUUCUACAGGUUUCCGUGGAUGAUCGUCUUAAGCAGCUUCAGGAGGCCUAUCAAGAUUUCGGACCAGCUUCUCAGCAUUUUCUCUCCACCUCAGUGCAGCUGCCAUGGCAAAGAUCCAUUUCACAGAACAAAGUGCCCUAUUACAUCAACCAUCAAACCCAAACAACCUGUUGGGAUCAUCCUAAAAUGACUGAACUCUUUCAGUCCCUUGCUGACCUGAAUAAUGUACGUUUCUCUGCUUACCGCACGGCAAUCAAAAUCCGAAGGCUGCAGAAAGCUCUGUGUUUGGAUCUCCUAGAGCUGAAUACAACAAAUGAAGUUUUCAAACAGCACAAGCUGAAUCAAAAUGACCAGCUGCUUAGUGUCCCAGAUGUCAUCAACUGUCUGACCACAACUUAUGAUGGACUUGAACAAUUGCAUAAGGACCUGGUCAACGUUCCACUCUGUGUGGACAUGUGUCUCAACUGGUUGCUCAAUGUAUACGACACGGGCCGGACUGGAAAAAUUAGAGUGCAGAGUUUGAAGAUUGGAUUGAUGUCUCUCUCCAAAGGUCUCUUAGAAGAAAAAUACAGAUUUCUCUUUAAGGAGGUGGCAGGGCCAACAGAGAUGUGUGAUCAGCGCCAGCUUGGCCUGUUACUUCAUGAUGCCAUCCAGAUUCCUCGGCAGCUGGGAGAAGUGGCCGCAUUUGGAGGAAGUAAUAUUGAGCCUAGUGUCCGCAGCUGCUUCCAGCAGAAUAACAACAAGCCAGAAAUCAGCGUGAAAGAGUUUAUAGACUGGAUGCGUUUGGAGCCACAGUCCAUGGUGUGGCUGCCGGUUCUGCAUCGAGUGGCAGCAGCUGAGACUGCAAAACAUCAGGCCAAGUGCAACAUCUGCAAAGAAUGUCCGAUUGUUGGAUUCAGGUAUAGAAGCCUAAAACAUUUUAACUAUGAUGUCUGCCAAAGUUGCUUUUUUUCUGGUCGGACAGCGAAAGGUCACAAAUUACAUUACCCGAUGGUGGAGUAUUGCAUACCGACAACAUCUGGAGAGGAUGUGCGAGACUUCACCAAGGUGCUGAAGAACAAGUUCAGGUCAAAGAAAUACUUUGCCAAACACCCUCGGCUUGGUUACUUGCCGGUCCAGACAGUUCUCGAGGGGGACAACUUAGAGACUCCUAUCACCCUCAUCAGUAUGUGGCCAGAGCACUAUGACCCCUCACAUUCCCCCCAGCUAUUUCAUGAUGACACUCACUCGAGAAUAGAGCAGUAUGCUACCCGCCUGGCCCAGAUGGAAAGAACUAACGGGUCUUUCCUCACUGAUAGCAGCUCUACCACAGGAAGUGUGGAGGACGAGCAUGCCCUUAUCCAACAGUACUGCCAGACACUGGGUGGGGAGUCUCCCGUGAGCCAGCCCCAGAGCCCAGCCCAGAUCCUGAAGUCUGUCGAAAGAGAAGAACGUGGAGAACUGGAAAGGAUUAUUGCUGACCUGGAGGAAGAGCAAAGGAAUCUCCAGGUGGAAUACGAGCAGCUCAAGGAGCAGCAUCUGCGAAGGGGGCUCCCUGUCGGUUCCCCUCCCGACUCCAUUGUAUCUCCUCACCACACAUCUGAAGAUUCCGAGCUCAUCGCGGAAGCCAAACUCCUUCGGCAGCACAAAGGCCGGCUGGAGGCCAGGAUGCAGAUUUUAGAAGAUCACAACAAACAGCUGGAGUCUCAGCUGCACCGCCUUCGCCAGCUGCUGGAGCAGCCUGAAUCCGAUUCCCGAAUCAAUGGCGUCUCCCCGUGGGCUUCCCCCCAGCAUUCUGCACUGAGCUACUCGCUUGACCCGGACCCAGGUCCACAGUUCCACCAGGCAGAGGAUCUGCUGGCCCCACCUCGUGACACCAGCACGGACCUCACCGAGGUCAUGGAGCAGAUCAACAACACAUUUCCAUCUUGCUGCGCAAAUGUCCCCAGCAGGCCACAGGCAAUGUGAAGCAUUCAUCUAGCCAAACAACAUUUCCCGACUCAGUAUUGCCCGUUUCUGCAAAUGCCAAUUCCAAGUUCCAUUUAAUCCAAGGCGCCAUGGCUCUUUGACAUGUGCUGUUGACUGUGUGUUCUACUAAGCGAGUAAAACACUGACUAUCCAAAGAGAAAGGAUAUUUUGUUUUUAUAAUAACCGCAUAUUAUUGUUUUCUUCUUCCCUUUCUAUGCAACUGUAAAUUAAUGAACAGAGAGGUAUUUGGUAAUGGUAUUUGUCACUGAUUUGUAUAAAGUAUACAAGCAUUGGGAAAGUGGGUGGGGGCUUUCUAAUAUGACACUGUCUUUUUAAUAACCGUGACAAAAAUUGCAUAUACAUUAGAAGACUGUCUUACAUUUUUACAUUCCUUCUGCUGUUCAUAUUAACCUUGUACAAUAACUUCAUUUAUUUUGUUACAUCCUUUACCCCAUUACAUUUUAGUUAUUUAUCAGUUCACCAACCACAUGACCAAGUAGAUUCUGUGUAUUUGUUAUUUGUUUCUAUGAUUUGGCCAAAUUAAUAAGCUCAUGUAUUUGAAUCAAAUAUUAUAUAUAUUCAUAUAAUAUUGAUUAAUUGACAACUCUUAAGUAUGCAGUUUAACUUUAUGGAACAUUAUACACGUAGUUCAUUAGUCACCACUUGGUAUCCACAAAAAAAUCCUAAAUGGCAUGUCUAGUGGGAUUUUUUUUCCUGCUUUUUUAUCCUUUUUUUCUAUAACUUUAUUUAUUUCCUAUCCCAAUCUAUAUGAGAGGGAAGACUGCAUUAGAAAUUAUUUCUCUAGGAUCAUUUUACCAAAGGUUUCCUAUGAAAGCAUAUUUUCAUUUUGACAUAGAAACAAAACUUGAUUCAACCUUCCAGGCCACAGGCCUUGAAUUUCAUCAUUAAAUACACAGCAGACCUUUUAACAAUUGAGUGAGCAGAGCACAAGAGAACUAAAGAUAUAUUUUCAAGGCCUUUAUGAUUCUUGAAACUCGUAGUUGCUUUCCUUAUGAAAGCAAACCCAAAUUUAUGUCUCUGCGUCUUAUUUUACCUUUUGGGUAAAUGGACGAGGUGUCCUUUUAACUUUCAGUAGAUUAAGACAUUUAGGAAGGAUUUUUUUUUAAGAGCCUUUGUCAUUGCUUCUACAGAAAAAUGGGAGUUUGUGCUUAGAUGAUUGUACUCUGCCUCUACCUUUGAGUACAUUCAGUUAUGGUUAUUGAUUCCAUUUUUUAAAAAAAUUACACUUAGUUGCAUUAUUAUAAUUUCUUUAAUUAUCAAACGUAAAGAAACCAAAAAGAAAAAAGAAAAUAAUAUGUUUUGCUUCAAGCAUAUUGUGCUUUUUAAACAUCAGAACAUCUUCGCUUUGAGCUCUCUUACACUGGAAUGUGCCAGGAGAGGCUGAAAGUUAGAAAGUGCUAUUCUUUUAGGAUAGGCUGGGUGGGUUGGGGGGCAGGGGUGUCUAUUUGCAGCAUAGAUAUUUUGAGAAGAAGAAAAUUGUUUUAUAUAAGAGGAAAGCCAUGACCACCUUUCUACCUCAGAUCCAUCUUUCAUUGUGUUGGAAAUAGCUUUAUGUCGCUGCAGUCUGUAAAGUGUAGAGCUUUUAUCAGGCCAUAUCAUACCCAAGAAAGUACCUAUUUAAAGAAAAUGAUUCCUUGAAUUCAGAGCUCCAAGUUGUAAAUUUGGUGUCUUCCUUGUUCUUAUUUUGAGAAGUCAUAUAGUCAUUGUUUUCUGCCUGUAUUUGUAUGCAGAAUGUUCUCUAUCUGCUAUUUCAGAAAACCUGCAGUAAAACACUACAUUGUAACCUAAAUAACAGUUUAAAAAAGACAUACAUUGCAGUAACAACAAUGGGAAAUAAGUAUAUUGUUCUUUUGAAAUAUGUGAUAAAGAACUAAUCGUAAACGUAUCAUCUAACCUGGUUACAUGCUGUAUUUUCAUCCCAAAUAAAAGUAAUUUUAACACAAAA